UAUUAUCGAUGUUGUUUACCGAUAAUUUCCUGUAAAAUUAUUUAUCAAAUUAUGUUUUCUUGAUUAGUUUAGUUUUAAAAUGGAUUUAAUCUAUAAACCAAUCAUUGGAAAUACAAAGGAAUCUAUUGAAGAUUAUUCAUUUGAAACAUGGACGCUUCCGGAAACUGUGGUGUACUUGGUAUUCGUGAUCGGCGCAUAUUUAGCCCUUGUCUUAAAGAUAUUACCCGACUAUAUGAAGAAGAGGCGGCCAUACACUUUGAAAGGCUUAUUGAUUUGCUAUAACGCAUUCCAAGUGUUUUAUUCAGCAUAUCUUGUUAUUCUUUAUACGAGUUAUAUAAUAAAACACGGAAUUAUUUGCACAUCAUGUCCUCGAGGAGAACUCUUAAGAGAGGUAACACGGGAUAUAUUUCCGUAUUUUCUGGCAAAACAAAUUGAUCUUUUAGAUACGAUAUUUUUCGUGCUAAGGAAAAAGGAUAACCAGGUGACAUUCCUUCAUGUCUAUCAUCAUUGCAUCAUGGUGACGUGGGCUACGUUGUACUAUCUCCAUAAGCCGUCAGAUCACUUUGUAGGCGUUGGUUUGAUGAACAGUUUUGUACAUGUGAUAAUGUACGCUUACUACGGCCUGUCAGCAAUGGGACCACGAUUCGCUAAAUUCGUUUGGUGGAAAAAGCAUUUAACAAAAGUACAGCUGAUUCAGUUCAUACUUGUGAUCUCAAACCUGCACUAUCAGCAGAAGUUGACACCGUGCCCGAUCCCCGCCGCCUUCCAUUACUUCUGCGUCCUCAGCAUUGGCUCAUUCUUUAUCCUCUUCAUGAAGUUCUAUCUCAAAAGUUACAUCAAACGAUCAAGUAUCGUACAAAAUCAAUGUAUCGAUAAAAAUAAAAACUUUAUCUGUAAUGAUUGUGUAAAAAUAAAAUGAUUGCU